AUCAAAAACUAAAAAGAACAAAAACAAACAAAACAAUAAUGGAGAACCUUCCUUCUUCUUCUUCCUUUGUCAUGCUUUGAUUCUUCAUCUAUUGCUUUCUUUUCCUGUUCAAUCUCCGUAUACAUUCUCUGAUAAUUACACAAAAAUACCAAUUAACAUUAACUUUAAUCUCUCCAUGGACAAAAACCCAUCCCGAAAAUCCUCUAACUUUCCAAGAAGCGCUAAUGGCGAUACUGCAGCACAAGAACAAGUAUCCACGGAUGGAAAACCAGAAAUGGAGGAAACCGAUCACAUCGAACAAAGCAUUAAAGAUGUUUUCUCAUUUACAAAAUUUAAUAUUGAUCAAGCAAUGGAAGACGUUGAUCGAUAUGUCGAGACAUUGUCAAAAACAAAUGAUAAGUCUAAUCCACCGGAAAUUCCAAGCUCUGUGGAUUCAUUGUUGAAAAUGCUUGAAAAAGAGAUGGCCAAUUUUGAUUACAAAAAGGUUGGCCAAAAUCAAGAAGCACAAUCAUUAUUUUGCCAAUGUUUAACUCGAGUUUCAAAGUUGACGAAUGUAUUCAACGAAUUCACUGCCAAUCCGUCAAUUGCAUCUUCUCUAAAUAGAGCAAGCACUAUUACGCAUCUCGUCGUGUCAUUAUUAGAUAAUGAAUUUCGAAAAGUUCUAGAGAGUUGCAACCAAAGCAAUAACAGUAACAUAGAAUCCAAAACAACUCCCAAAGCAUCGAAGCAAUCAUCCUUUAGUUCCCAUAAUCAAGAAUUUGAUCCAAAAGUCCAAUCUGAAUCAGAAUCACCUGAAGAAGAAGAAUUCCCUGCUUAUACACAACAAGCCAUAUACAAAAUGAGCAGACUCGCUUCUUCAAUGAUCUCUUUAGGUUAUGAAAGUGAAUGUUGCAUGGCUUAUAACAUGGUAAGGAGAAAUGCAUUCAAUAGCGAAUUGGACAGGUUAGGAUUCCACAAUAUAAGCAUUGAAGAUGUGCAGAGAAUGCAAUGGGAAACCGUAGAAGGAGAAAUUUCUUUAUGGAUUGAAAUUCUUAACCAGUGCUCCUCUAUCCUUUUCCCUAUAGAGCAAAAGCUUUGUAACAAUAUCUUUACAGAUCACCCAUCAAUCGCUCAAAGAUUGUUCGGCGAUUUUGCAUUAGCGGUAACUGUAAGAUUUCUAAAUUUUGCAGAAGCUGUUGCCUUAUCAAAAAGAUCAGCAGAGAAAUUAUUCAAAUUCUUAGAUAUGUACGAAGCAUUAAGAGAUAUGAUUCCCGCAAUUGAAAAUAUCCAUUCCCAAGAUUUAAAAUCAGAAAUCUAUGCUGCUAAAGGCCGGCUUAGGGAAGCAGCUGUUUCUAUUUUCGGCGAUCUUGAAAAUUCUAUAAAGAGAGACAAUGGUAGAACUCCAGUUCCAAGCGGUGCAGUUCAUCCUUUGACACGCUAUACCAUGAAUUAUUUAGAAUAUGCAUGUGAAUAUAAAGACACAUUAGAGCAGGUCUUUCGAGAGCAACUGAAAACAAAAGGAACUUCCACCGAAGGUGAGUCAGAUAUUAAAAAGUGGGAUGCAGAGAUUAAUAAAGGCGGAAACGAGGAUGGAACACCAAAGACGUCACCGUUUGCUGUUCAGCUUAAUAAAAUAAUGGAUUUGCUAGAUGAGAAUCUUGAAAUGAAAUCGAAAUUGUAUAGAGAUCCUGCUUUGCGAAAUGUGUUCUUGAUGAACAAUGGAAGAUAUAUACUUCAAAAGAUUAAAGGAUCUAAUGACAUUAAUGACAUAAUGGGCGCUCAGUGGUGUCGAAAACGAUCUUAUGAUUUAAGACAAUACCAUAAAGGGUAUACGAGAGAAACCUGGGGCAGAUUGUUGCAGUGUUUAAGCCAUGAAGGGUUGCAGGUUAAUGGGAAGGUGUCGAAACCUGUUUUGAAAGAGAGGUUUAAGAUGUUUAAUUCUAUGUUUGAUGAAAUACAUAAAACGCAGAGUACAUGGGUUGUUAGCGAUGAGCAACUUCAAUCGGAGCUUCGUGUUUCGAUAUCAGCAGUGGUUAUUCCGGCCUACCGGUCGUUUCUAGGAAGGUUUCAACAAUAUUUUUCGCCUGGUAGACAAUCAGAGAAGUAUAUAAAGUAUCAGCCGGAAGAUAUUGAGAAUGCGAUUGAUGGUUUAUUUGAUGGAAACCCUACUUCCAUGACAAGGAGGAAAUAAUUUUUGAAUGAAAGUAAAUUUGAAGAAAAGAAUUGUCUUUUUUUUUUUUUUUUU